GCCGCAAUUCCGUCCAGGUACGACCACGCGCCGCUGUUUCUCUUAGCGACCGGGUUCUUCCUCGUGUUCGCCGGGCUCGGGACGAAAAAGCCCGGCGAGGCGAGCGCGUACUCGCUGUUCAACGAAAACUUCCGCGAGUUGCCGGGAAACUUCAACGCCGGCGACGUCGACAGAGUCAACCGCGGCGGGGGGUACUGA